AUGAACGCGGGCGUGGCGUCCAGGAAAACGGACCCUGUGUCCAUGCCCAUCGACCUCCCGGUGCGCCUCUACAUGCGCGCACUCCGGCAGUAUCACAAAAUCCUCGACCUAAAACGGCUGGCAUCCAAAGACAAACUUAAAGCUUUGUCUCUUGCGGCACCUGAAUAUGAAUCUUUCAGUGGCAUAAUGUUGAGCUACGCUACUUUGUAA